CCAGAAGGGACUUAAUGAGCUCCAGACUGUAAAACAUAAUAAAAGGAGAAGAGUAUUCUUCGCCUACAAACAUAUUUUAAAUGGUUGGUCUGUAGCGCUCCAGGUGCAGCAGCAGGGAUGAGGAUCCGGCUGCAGGGUCCAGGCCACGCUGCAGGCCUCCUCGCCGAGCUCAACCGCUGCCGCCAUUCCCGCCAGUACUGCGAUGUGUUCCUGCAAGUUGGCAACCGCACAUUCGCAGCGCACCGUGCCGUGCUGGCUUGCGCCGGGACGUACUUCCGUAACCUCUUCACCCGGGCUCCAGCCUCGUCCACUGCUGCCUUCUCCCUGGAGUUUAUCUCCCCUGCUAACUUUGAGAGAGUGCUGACAUUCGUCUACACUGGGGAGAUCCUAACCGACCUCAUCGAUGUCGGGGUGCUCUAUGAGCUGGCCGAGAGGCUGGGUGUUAAAGAACUGAUGAGGGCCUGUCACGCCACCUUCCCGGACCUGCAGGCUUCUGUGUCUGUAAAAGCAGGGAGUCCCGGAGAGCUGGACUCAGGCAUGGCUUCUGCUGCUGCUGCUGCUGCUGCUGCUGCUGCUGCGCUACUGCGUCCAGGUGUCUCUGCAUCCUCUGUCUGCUCCUCCGCCGCCUCCUGCUCCUCUCUGUCUUCAUCAGCAGGUCCAUCUGCAGCCCCGACCCCCGCUGCUGCUCCCUCGCCGCUUUUCCAAGCCAGGGCCAGCCGUGAAGCUCACACUGGGACUGCGUCUCUGCACCUGAAGGCAGAAGACAUGGAGUCUCAUAUCGGCUAUGGGCAGAUGGCAGCGGAUCAACCUGGAGGACACAUUAUUUUAACCAGCAGCCAGUCCAGUGAAGUCAUGCUACCUCAGGUGCUCCAGCUGAAGGUGGAGCAGGGGGAGGAAGAGGAGGCAGAAGUCAGCUGUGAGGACAUAGAUGGACGAAGGGUUUCUGAGAGCGCAGGACGCUCUCUGCCUCAGAGAAACCACACUGCAUCGUCUGAUUCCUGCUCCUUCCCAGACUCCUCGGCUCAGCUCGGAGUGGAGGCCCCGUCGUCGUCCUCAGGAGACCCUCUGAGCAGCCUGCAGGUUGGGCCGGGGGAGGGCAGCGGGGUGGAGCUGCAGAGGGACGGCAGGUUGAUGUUGUUUGGGGAGGUGGAGGAGGGAGAGCAGAGGGAGGCUCUAAAGGGGAAUAUGGAGGGGACAGAGGAGGAGCAGUGGAGACAGCUGGCGGGGGAGAUCAUCGAGCUGAGCGACGACGAGAACUUCCUGGAGGAGGGUGAGGAAGAGGAGGAGGAGGAUGAAGACGACCUGGUGUAUGUGGAGAACGGAGAAGAAGGGAACUCAAGCAGCCAGGUGAACGUGUUCUCUUGUAAAGCCUGCGCGGCGGCGCUCCCAGUGGACCCGGCGGUCAUCAGGAGACACGCAGAGACCCACCUGACGGAGCUGGGGCUCUGCAGGGUCUGCGGGGCCUCGUUCCCGGACCGCGAGGCCGGGUUCUCUCACUCCCUCUCCCACGUGGGGGUGCAGCUCUUCACCUGUGAAAUGUGUCACCUGCAGUUCUGCAGCCAGAGCAAACUGCUGCGUCACCACCGGCAGACGGCCUCCAGCUACACCAUCCCCCAGGGGGCGUUGACCAACGGAGGGGACGGGCCGGGCUCCGAGUUGCAGUGUGCUGUGUGCAAGAAAACCCUCAGCAAGGACUUCCAGACGGUCAGAGAUCACCUGCUGAGCCACGUGUGUCCGCAGAGCCUGAGCUGUGGCGUGUGUCGCCUCCCGCAGCUCUCCCUGUGCUCCCUGCUGUGGCACGGCCUCACCCACCUCUCGCUGCCCGUCUUCACCUGCCCGCACUGCGCCCGCUGCUUCGUGGAGCGCUGCAUGCUGGACCGACACAUGGCGGCGCACGCAGAGGAGGCGGCGGCGAAGGAGCGGGAGCGUUCGGCGCUUAGGGCGUUCAGAGUCAUGACGGAUGGGGUCGGGGAUGGAGGUACGGCGGGAGUGGAGGAGCUGCACUGCUUCCUGUGCCCACAGACUUUCCGCUCCACCUCGGCCUUUCAGUACCACCUCAGCCUGCACGGCACCGAGUCCCCUGGUGGAGGUGGAGGUGGAGGAGUGGGGGGCCCGGGCUGGUUUGGGAAACGUAAAGCUGACCAGUCUCUGGAGUGCCUUCCCUCUUCCUCCACUCAACGCGAGGUUCUGAAAAUGAGCAACCUGGGUUUGGGGAUGAGCUUCAGCUUGCCAGAUAAGUUUUUGCACAGCCUGCCCUCAGGGGUCUUGACCAACGGGAGCACGGGGCAGGACAUGGGGGUCGGGGCAGCGGUCGUCCGUGGGAAAUGGUACCGGUGUCGCUACUGUGGCAAACGCUUCGCCCACUCGGGGGAAUUCACCUACCAUCUCCGCAUCCACACGGGGGAGAAACCCUACCAGUGCAAAGUGUGCCUGCGCUUCUUCAGAGGCCGCUCCACCAUGAUCUGCCACCUGAAGACGCACGCCGGCGCCCUCAUGUACCGCUGCACCGUCUGCGGCCUCUUCUUCUCCACGCUGAAGAUGGUGUCGUCGCACAUGGAGCUGCACAAGGACCACCUGCCGCUGGACUUCAACAUCGAGCAGACCUUCAUGUACAACGAUCACUCUAAAGAGCCGCUGCCCACGGUGGACGCCUGAGGAGCUCCUCUUCCUGCCGCUGACACUUCCUGUGUGUCUGGUUGUCGUGGACCACAAACUGCUUUUAAUAGAAUAGGGCUCAAACUAUUGAAUUAAUUUAUCUUUUUUUAUCGAUGAACAAUCUGUAAAAUGCCAAAACAUUUAUUUUAAAGUACAAUUUGAUUCUGAGGUGACAUCCUGAAACAGUUUUAUUUCCCUUACUUAUCAAAGCAGCAGAUCCUCACGAUUCAGAAGCUGCAGGAGAAUAUUGACAUUUUUGAUUGCUUUAAUCACUUAAAAGACAGAUUUAUUUUCUGUUUAUCCACCGAUAAUGUCACCUCUUUAACAUGUUUAUACUUUUAGAGCGUAGUGAACCUAUAUAACCUGUCAGAUGCUGUUCAUUGAGUCUGAGGUUUCUCGAUGAACUAAGAUAAGAAGCAACCACUUGGUGGCAGUGUAUCAUAUUUAUCUACUCCGAUUGAGUCUGUAACUUUAUAGGUUUUUAUGUCAGUGGUUGAUAAUUACACUGUUAUUAAAGUAGCACCUCAUUGUAGCAUAUAAAUUAUUUUCCUAGAGUUGCAGUCACUAUUUUCUCACUUUUUCCAAGUUACAUUUUUCACUUCACAGGUACGGCAUGACCCUCCACAUAAGAGUGUUUUGUAUUCGUCAUGGAAUCCUUAAAAGCUGUUGUUUUUAUGUUGAAUGUUUCUUUACGAAUGCUUCUAGUUCAAGCUGUGUUCACUUGUUUAGAGCGUGUGAGUGUGUCGUAGAGAUAUUUAAAUGCCCAUCACAUUUCUGUGUGAUAAUGUGUCUUACCUCAUAUUUAUGACGGCAGUGUAACUGUUAUUUGCCUUUUCUACAUAUCUGUUUUUAAAGCUAUGUUUGAAUGUUGGCCUUUUUUUGAAAAUAUUGUUUCUAAAAAGAGUUAAAUAAAUGCCUUUUGGAAGACUGUUAUCACCCCCUGAUUUUUACCGACCUUUUAAAGUGUCCUGACCACAAAAAAACAUCCGUCAUCAGAAUUCCAGUGAUGAACUUGCACAAAUGUACGCAGUUUUGCGAACCUCCCGCUUCCAGGGGCACGUGACCUUUGCCCUUUUUUAAAAGCCGCGGUCUCUUCCUGCUAUUGUGCCAUGUGUGGACAGACACCCCCUUUUCCUUUUUCUGCCUUCUUAUCAUUUAAGCUGUUGAAAGUGACACAUUCCAGAUGGACAGCAAUGGAAGUAAAUGUAAUAACGACUGUGAGAAGGGAGAUAACUGAGUGCAAGAACAGCAAAAUGUCUCAGCAAAAUAAACACAA